GAUGCCUGAGACUUUUCUCAAGAAAGCCUUUUCUGUGUUUGUCCUUGGCUGAUGACAGAAGGGACUGCACAUGGAAAAAGCCAACUGGUCCUCCCCUGUGGCGGGGUUCAUUCUCCUGGGCCUCUCAGCACACCCUAAACUGGAGAAAAUGUUCUUUGUGCUCAUCCUCCUGAUGUACCUGGUGAUCUUACUGGGCAAUGGGGUCCUCAUCCUGGUGACCGUCCUUGACUCCCGCCUGCACACACCCAUGUACUUCUUCCUGGGGAACCUCUCCUUCCUGGAUAUCUGCUACACAACCUCCUCAGUCCCUCUAUUCCUAGAUGGCUUCCUCAGUCCCAGGAAAACCAUCUCCUUCUCAGCCUGUGCCAUGCAGAUGUUUCUCUCCUUUGCUAUGGCAGGGACAGAGUGUGUGCUUCUGGGCAUGAUGGCAUUUGAUCGUUAUGUGGCCAUCUGUAACCCCCUGAGGUACCCCGUGGUCAUGAGCAAGGCUGCCUAUGUGCCCAUGGCUGUCAGCUCCUGGGCUAUUGGUGGUACGGCUUCUGUGGUACACACGUCUUUGACAAUUCAGCUGCCUUUCUGUGGGGACAAUGUCAUCAACCACUUCACCUGUGAAAUCCUGGCUGUCCUGAAGUUGGCCUGUGCUGACAUCUCCAUCAAUGUGAUCAGCAUGGGGGUGACCAACGUGAUCUUCCUGGGGGCUCCAGUUCUCUUCAUCUCCAUCUCUUAUGUGUUCAUCAUUGUUACCAUCCUGAGGAUCCCCUCAGCUGAGGGGAGGAGAAAGGCCUUCUCCACCUGCUCUGCCCACUUCACUGUGGUGGUCAUCUUCUAUGGGACCUUAUUUUUCAUGUACGGGAAGCCCAAGUCUAAGGAUCCCCUGGGGGCAGACAAACAAGACCUUUCAGACAAGCUCAUCCCCCUCUUCUAUGGGGUGGUGACCCCCAUGCUCAACCCUAUCAUCUACAGCCUCAGGAACAAGGAUGUGAAGGCUGCUGUGAGGAACCUGGUGGCUCAGAGAUGUUUCACCCAGUGA